AUGUCGCCCGUCUGCAUGGCUGCCUCAUUUGUGCACUUUCAAGACUGGAUGAACUGGAGAGAGGGCGUAACCAAGGUGAAUUCCCGGUGUGGACAAUUUUGGCCGGAUCCUUUGAUUUUAGUUGUUUUAUCUUACGCUGUAGAUUUCUUUCAAAAAUCAUAAUUUUACAGGCUUGCAGGAACAGUUUUCUUUACUCUACUGGAUAGGUAUUUGUAGGGUUCCAGUGAAUAUAACUUGGUCUCUCUGUUUUGGACAGUUUUAAACUUAUCCUCUCUUCUUGAUGGUUAUUCGAGAUUCUGGAACGAUGAGAAGCUGAUCGGCCGUCUGAGUAGUUACUCGCUUUCUGUUAUGUAAACGUGCUUGUUAGGCUCUCACCUACCCCAAAUCCAUCCUUGGGGGAGAACCUGUGGGGUCUAUGUAGUUUAAAUAACUUCCAGACUCUGCUACCUAAAUCAAGUUUUCUAUGCAUGUCGAUGUAGUUUGUUAAAAUAGUAGUGCUUGCAUACAUUAGAGAAGGCCUAAGAGCCUGUCUACCAGAGUUAAGCCUUCACUGAACUUAUCAUAAUCGGGAGCACUGUCUGGGACCUAAAAUUGUUGUAAGCAGGAAUUUGACGCCGACGGGGUCAAUCAGAUGGACAAAAGCACUUCAUCAUCAGUAUCUAUUCACCUGACACCCUCGAAAAUCCAUGCUUACAGGUUUAUCCCAAUUCUGCGUGUACAAAACUAAUGUGUUAGCAAAUAUCGUAGUAACGAUGGUGUAAUAAGCAGAGGGACGGCCAAAUCAAUUUCUAUGAUAAUCACAAGUUAUCGAAAGCCUUUGUUACCUCCGUUGUUGUUAUUUUACUUUACUCACAAAAGUCUUUGGACCACCGAAAACAUAGGUUUGUUUUUAUUGCAUAAUCUAACGUUAUCUUCGUUAAGGUUGCUGUUUGAAUAUGACACUAGAUACCAAUAAAUAAACGUGUUUUAGUCGACAGUACGCAUUUUCGGAAAACUUGGGAGAUCUGAACACUGUUUGUUCGUGAAGAAGAAGAAGAAGAGGGUUCGAGCACAGGAACAUUUUGUUUAUUAUCCUGAGCUUUCAGACUCGUACAGGAGUCCAUCGUCAGACAUAGUAGCGGGAACAGAACAAGCGACAGUUAAAGGGCAUGUAGGCCAAUCAUUGACCGACGGCGCAAGAUCGGAGGUGACUGCGCAGGGCUCUAUACGCCGGCGCCAGAUCGAUAAAUCGAUUGACUGAGUUCCCAUCCGAGGCGCAGGCUUCAAUCAAUUCUCGACCUGUUUUGUUUGUCCGUUUAUUCGUCUCACGGACCUUUUAAAUAUCGCUUACUUGUUUUAUUUCCAGGAAGAUGCCAUAGGGUUUGGGGUGAAAUGGGCGUCGCCUGGGUGAUUUAAGCGGUGAUGCAACUAGGUGCAGAACCAUUGCCACGGACACGUGGAAGAUUUAAUUCAUUCUUUGGGAUGUUUCGGUAUUUAUGGAACUGAUACUGUUCGUCCUAUGAGGCAACUACUUAUCGACUAUGCACAGCAGGACAAUGCAUCGAAUCGUUUCCCUGUCCAUGUCAAUCCCGGUAGAACUUAGUUCCAGGCAAAAUUUUUCCGAAUCCAUCGAUUGCAAACGUCAGUAUCUUAAGCAACAUUUGUUGACAGAGAUGUCCAGAAGUCCCAUAUCGCAUAAGUAUGUUAAGGAACAUUAGUUUAGAAAAUUUUCAAGAUUAUUUAAGGCGUGUGGCGAAUCAACAUUUUUACAUUUUACAAAAAAAUGCUAUAGUGAAUAAUUCACAGUGUGAGCAUUGGAUGCUGUAUACUCUACACCACCUUGCAAGUUUUCCGUAAACCACGGUAACGUACUUUGUGACUUUCAGUUUACUGUUAAGAAGCCUUACCAACUGGAAGAAGAACGACACCCCUCAGAUACAGGGGAAACUGUAAAGCGUACAAUUAGCUUUCGCCGAUUGUUGAUAACUUUCCUGCGUCUGGGCUUUUGGACACUGGUUCUAAAGUACGGCUUCGGAUCAAUAAAUCUUAUUGGACAGCUAUUUGGUCCCGUUCGAAGAAUCACUCGGGGUCUCAAUGCGGGCCUAUUGGACUAUUUUAUCGUCUACUUUAUCGCUUACCUCAACGUUGCCAAGUUCCAUGUUUACUAUGUAGUCUUCUACGGCUACUGCAGGACAAUCGGCGAUCUUCAGCAGUUCAUGAUGUCUCCACUUUUUGGGAGGGACACCUCACGCCUUAUUGUUGAGCAACAGGAUACCCAGUCUGGAUUGUUGCUAAAAUCACCCCAAAGUUAUAAUCUUGGAGAGAAACUCAUUUUCACAGAGAUGACAAUGAACUGUUUCAUGCCUGACGGUCCGAAGUGUCUUUUAGGAACCCUGACAACCGCUGAAGUGUGGAGGUAGGUUGGAAUGCUGUAGAAUGUCACAUUUUGCAUCGGUUAUCACAUUUUAAAAAAGUGCGGGCAAUCGCAGAUAUUACAAGUACAUGCUUCCAUUUCAACAUGAGCAUAUCGUUUGGAAUAUACGCAUGCAAUUACUGCUUCACACAAUUACUUGAUACAGCCAACACAGCAACCGCAACUAUACUUCCAGCAUGCAGUGACAAAUUAAAUUAUCCCUGGGUUUGUGGUCAUUACAAGGCUCCUAUGAAAUUUGAAAGAGAUCUUGUCAUCAUUUAUUUUUUUAAUUAUAACCGAAAUUGACAGACUUCCUGAGACGGGCCUUUAGGCCACUUAUUAGAAUUCUAUGUAGGUAUUGGCAUACGUUCUUUGAGUACUAUGUGCUGUCGUGAAUCUGAAUAUAACAAGUAGUGCCUGUCACACGCUUACAAUUAUAAAAUUUCCAAAUAUUCUGGAAUUCUAGGCCUGUUUAUCUAUGAUAUGAGCCAAGAUUAUAGCCGAAUACGGGAUUUAUCUAUAGAUCCGGAGCCUAUGCGAACGGUUUAGCAAAGGUCUUGAUCGCGUGAGAACGACGAUAUCUUCUGAGUUUUACAGUAGGGGCCUCAAUAACUUGGGAAAACCUUGAGCAAAUAACAACCAUAUUUUACCCCUUUAUGAAGUAUCGAAGUUACCUUUUAUCACUGCUUAUUCUGCAACUAUAGACGUGGCCAAUAUAGGAUGCAUUGCAGUGAGCGCAGCCAAGUUCAAGGGAUAAAACACAAUCUCAGACGCCCUUCACAUUUUAUUUACAACAACCCUAAUUUCCUCUUCUAGGUCCUUCGACAGAGGCCUAUAUACCAUAAUGAGACAGUAAGUUAUGAUCUUUGAACUUAACUAAAGCCCUUUGCACUACCCACCCAAGUAACUAGAUCUAUGCCUCCUUACAAUUGGACUAAAAAAGGGAUAAAAUGACAAGAAUUGUUUUAUUUUCCUCGCAGAAAUAUAUGAAGCUCUUAACCUCCAUCACUUUAUCCUGCAUUUAUUGGCAAUUUAGAUUCCCUCCAUAACAUGUCAGGGGGUCACAAAAUACUCCUCAUGUGUAUCAAUGUUCUACCUGUCAAGCCGGGAUGAUGCUGAUAACGUUUAGUAGGAUCAGAAAGAGUAGAAUCCACUCAUAUUAUUCUUAAAAAUUAGGAAACUUUGUCAGUUUUUAUACGAAUGAUGUUUUGUGUUAUAUCAUGUCGGACGACUAGAACUUUCAUUUUGGAGCCUACGAGCGUUCGUGGUUUCCGCAAAAAAUGUUUAUGCUAUAAGACACGUUUAUGAGCAAAAUGUAUUUAAAAAUUACAACCAAAGCCAUUUCAAAGUCUAGUUCGUACGAAAUCCGUCAGUAACUGUGUGCUGAACGCAUCAGCCGGCACAAUCUGGAUUCGUACUUAGCAGAAUACAAUCUAAUUUGAAGAUCUGCCGAUGCUUAUGAAAGCUGUCUUAUUUGGCCAUAUUCACAGCGUUUAACUAAUCUAGUUCAGGUCGCUCCCAAGUGGGUUGAGGGAAAUACAGACGAAAGCCGAUAAACCCGAGAAAGGAGCAAACUUAUGCACUACUUGAGCAGAAAAUAUCUGGGUCGUUAACCGAGAGAACCACCGCACGACCGAGAAGACACUGUAAAUCAGAUCCAUGACAUCGUCGAUCGUACGCGCGUACCUAGACUGAGGAGGCCCCGAAAAUCAAAUCGGAUGGCAGGCAGACGAGGGUGAGAGUAUCAAUGUAGAUAAGAUGAUCCACCGUCUGGGACAUGGCUUAGGAGGUUGCCGACCGAGGGGACGGAGAGUCGGGCUGCAAAGUCUCCUGCUUAAUGUGAUCUUUAGGACACUCCCACUAAGUUGUAAUCCGAGCCGGGGUCACCCUUUUCUUGUUGUGUGAAAUCCUGGUCCUUUGUUUGUGAACCACAGGGUUUGGUGGCAAGCCUAGCAGUGCCAGCCGCCUGCGCCCGAUUCCGCCUUCGGUCUUCUUCACACUGUCUUGACGCCGGAUUUAGGAGGGUGAGGAGAAGAGAGUUCAGUAGAUGCAGUGUAAGUUUACUAUCCCUAUACACUACUCCACUCGCAAAUCACGGUCUCUGCGUCCACUAGACUUCCAAAUGCAUGAUGGACAUCGCCAGGAACGACGGUGGAACUGUCGUAUGUGUCACCGACUCAAUUUAGCACCGAAAUGUGCUCUACGGGGCUUGAUGGUGCCCAUCUAUGCAUCUAUGCAAAUUUUCUCAAGGGUACUCGUCUCAUUUCGCAGCACAAAUCUUAAUUCGCAUAAUUUUUGGGAUCCUCAUAAAUGUGCUGGUAAUGACGUUUACAGUCCCCGUUGGGACGUUAUACAGGGCAUUUCGGCAUUUUCAUCCUAAGGCCUGGAAUCCUCAAAGACCUAACUGACACUGGACCACUGCGCGCACGUUUCUGAAAGGUGGCUUAGUGGGCGGCUAGUUUUCCCGCAGUGGUGAGACUGGAGCUGGUGCUGCCAGUUCCGUAUGUGCCGCAGUUGUUAUACCAUGAGCGUCUUUCCUCUGCAGUGAAAACCAGUUGGAAAUUUACUUAUACACUAUCAAAGUCGUCCAAUUCCUGCUGCAUGCUCGCUUGUGUUCCAGCGCGCGUGCACAAGUGCCGACGGAAAGACGUCCCAUGCUUUGAAAACAUUGCUGGAUCUUGUGUUAGAUAGAGGCCGAAACACCCCUUCAACACUUUGAAUAAUAUCAACGCGUAGAAUUGGGCGAGAACCCAGAGCUGUUUCUGUACAUGCUUAACAGUAGAGGAAUCUGCGGCCACUCAACUGCUGAUAAAAGUCAAACCUUUUUUUGCUUUUUCCCUUCCGUGGGCAGCUUAGAAUUACUUAAAGAAUAGUUGGCCUUUUAUGCACUUUACAGUCGCUUUUCGGACGUAGUUUAUUGGCUAACCAUGCAGCGUACCCCUUUCAGCAUAUUUUAUUCGAAAUAUUUACCUCCGAUUGGUCUAGAAAUACUUCUCUGGCAUUGUCUAGAUUAUAGUAAAUGAUGUUCAGUAAAGCGGAGUGCCUCACGGACGUUGUCAUCUACUUCAUAAAUAAGCAUCCUGUUUCGGAGUCACACUUUGACGUCCGGGGUAAUAUGGCGGUUUGUCGGUCCGUACUUAUCUGGAACAACUGUACUAUAGUUCCCAACUUUGCCAAAUUUGGACAUUGUGCAGUCCAGUCACAGCAUUACAUUUUUAACUAAAUUGUUUGCAAUUAUUUUGGCUUGACGAAAAGGGGCUUUAAGAUAGAAACAUUCAUAAGCACAGGUGCAAAUUUUAUAAAGCAAACCGAUGAAACUAUUAUUAAGUAGUAACCGUGGCGUUCUUCACUGUGUAAGCGUUUUUGGUAGAAAAAUGAAUAGUUUUUGAUUAAUCGGGUGUGCUUUUUGGCUCAACCCUGUUACGAAGAAUAUGCUCAGGUCCUCAGAAUAUUUAACGCAAUAUAAGUGAGAAGUUUUAAGAUGUGUCACAAUAAUUUCUAGUUUAUAUUUUUAGAUGCUGAAGUUUAAGGAACGAAAAAAUUACCAUGACCUAAUCAUGUUUGAAUUAACUUAAAAACAAACAUACUUUUUCCACGUUUACUGCUUGAUUAUCUUCUUAAAGCUUUGUGGAGUAAUGUACCUUGCAGCGGGGAUUAAGAUUUUAUCUCAUAUGUUGAGUACAUGUUGUUAUUGGAAAGACCCAAAAUUUGAGUCCACAAAGCAUUACGGAAGCUCUACCUCGAGUCAAUGCGAACUUUAUGUCCCAGAAGGCAAAAGUUUAGAAACGGAUGACGGCAAGAUCUUCUGGGCAUAGUUUGAAAAAAUAUUCUUCAGUAAAUGCUUUUAACUUUCUAGGAGCUAACAAGUUUGCUUCCCUUAACUCUUUAGCUACAUUUAUUUUCCAUGGCGCAAAUUCGUAAUAUCAAUAACCCCGACAAACUCCGUGGCUUUAAAAGAUCUCGGCGCUCUCUCCGGCGCAGUGCUUACAUUUUUCUUUGUACUGACGUUUCACUCGUGGACUGAAGGAAAUUGUACGUCCUCCUGCUGUUUUUUCGGCGUCAUUCACUAUUUCAUACAGUUCCAUNUCAAAGUGUAUUCAAUCAGUUCGCGCCCGUCUGUGAUGAAAGACCGUUGAGAUUACUAUUACAUUUGUCUCUUCGUUUAAAAAAGUGCUUACUAAGUCGUUUGAAACUCACUACAUACUUGAUAAGGCCGAACUACAAAAACCUCGGAAUAUAUAGUUGUGCAGAGAUGUGUUAUGCCUCCGGAGACCUUAAGGAAACGUUGAUGUCGUUUUCAGAGCCAUUUAAGAAAAUAGCCUGUUCGGGGUUUUUAAGAUGGACUCUAAAUUAUUUCUCGUAGGUUGGAGCUCACUUUAUGAUCAAAUCAUCGGAAUGUAAAUUCAUAAUACUCAAAUCCUACGUCGCCAACCCUAAGCUUUAGAUCGUCAAAUCAACAUGAUUCCCUGGUUUACCGGCUAG